CUAUUCGUCCGUUUCACGCUCCCACGGUCUCACUCUCACCUCCAAACCCAAAUCCCCAAACCCUAACCACAGCACCUACCUCCGCCGCCACCGCCGCCAUGGCAGGAGCAGGAGUCGGCGGCCGCAAGGCUCGCAACUUCGCGACCUUUCGCCUAUUCCCCCGCGACGGUGCCGCCGACCCCAACGACCGCGUCUUCGUCCGCGUCGACAACAACGCCUACACCAUCCCCGGCUUCGGCGACGACGAAGACCCUUCCCUCUCCCCCACCGCCGCCGCCGACCAAUUCCCUUCCUCCACCUCUGGCCCCCUCCCCGACCACGUCCGCCAGCAGAUCCUUGAGCUCGGCCUCCCCGACGAUGGCUACAACUACCUUCUCCAUCUCCGUGAGCUGCGGCCCUCCGCCGUGGCCUCCUCCUUCGUACCCAGCCACACCGCCCGCCCAGAGCAACUUCCCCUGGACGUGAAGGCAUAUGAUGCAAGCAAGGUGCGGGUUGCUUCUGGCAAGGUCGAGGAAGAGCUGGACGAGGGGAGGACCAUGUGUAAGGUGGCCGCAAAGACGGCACCGGUCAGGCGAGUUGAGAAGGCCGUCGACCCUGACGUUGCAAGGUUGCUCGAUGAGAGCGAGGAUGAGGGUUUGGAGGAGGAUUUCGUCAUCAUGGCAAACCAAGCCGAAGGGGAUGAUAUGGAGGAUGAAAGUGAGGAAGAGGGGGGCGGUGUGUUCAGUGAUGUGGAAAAUGAUGAGGAGUUCGAGGAUGAAGAGGGUGAGCCCAAGCCGAGGGUGCCACGGUUGCUGGAUGAACAAUUUGAUCUGCUUGCUUUGGAAGAAUAUGGAGCUAGUGAUGAUGAUGAUGGAGCUGUUAGAGAUGGGGAACAUGAACUCCCAACUGAGGUUAUAGAUGAAUUGAAGCUGUUCCACAAUCAAAAUGUAUGCGUUGAUGAAGAAUAUAGAACACCAGCAGAUUUUGUUCGUGGAAAACUUGACUCAACCACCGCUGAGGAGGUGGAUGAAUCUGCUAAUGUGAUCCAAAAGUGUGCUGAAUAUGCUGAAAGGUAUUUAAAUGAAACUGCAGAAGAUGAAGAUGUCUUGCUUGUUUCGGAAAGCAGUGAUGAAUCUGAAGUUUGGGACUGUGAGACCAUUGUUUCCACGUACUCUAACUUGGACAAUCACCCUGGCAAAAUUCAAACUCCAGGAAAUCCUAAAAAUCGUCUUCCCAAAGUUUUCCCUGGGGAAACAGCAACAACGAAAGAUAUCAUCAAGCUUCAUGGUAAAGAGAAACUUCCUGUAGAUUACCUGCCACAGAGGAAAAGAAAAGUUGAAAAGGAGAAGAAAGCAAAGCCCACAGAAUCUUCAGAUGCUGAAUAUUUUGAAAAGGUAGUAGUUCAGAAGGAAACAAAAGAUGAAAAGAAAGCUAGAAAGGUGUUGGAUGGUCUCCGGGUCUUGGUUGCAAAGGAGGUACCUAGGGUGGUGCUGGAGGCCGCGGCGGGCCAGCCUCGACGCCGUCCAACAUCGGUCCUGUCUGCAGUAAAAGAAGAGAAGAGAGAAGCCCGGAAAGCAAAGAAAGAGCUCAAAGAACUAUAUAAAUUUGAAACACAGAAGGCUCAGAAAGUUGCUGCUGUUACAGGACCAUCUUCCAUACGGCUAAUGUUUGCAGUAAUACCGGCAUACGAGAUUGUUUAUGAAAGCGGCAAUAUGACAACGGAGCGGAGGUGGUCCUGGUAUCUUUGUCGUUUGGGAUCUGUGACUGCGGACGCGCAGCGGGAGCAGGACACGCACACGCUGGUGCUGCCCUACGUCACCAAGGUGCUCUGCUGCCUGCUGGUGGCCACCGCCAUCCGGCUGGUGAAGACGCUGCUGCUCAAGGUGCUCGCCUCCUCCUUCCACGUCUCCACCUUCUUCGACCGGAUCCAGGACGCGCUCUUCAACCAGUACGUCAUCGAGACGCUCUCCGGCCCGCCCUUGGUCGACGAGAACCGCAUGCUCGCGGAGGUGCAGCGCCUGCAGAGCGCCGGGGCCAACAUCCCCAGCGAUCUCCAGGCGGCGGCCAUGCCCAGCAAGGCCGCCGCCGCCCCGGCGCAGCCCAAGGGCGCGCGGCUCACGGCGGCGGCGUCCCGGAGAGGGGCCAGCAAGCAGCUGCAGAGGCAGAAGAGCGAUCGGCACCUGGAAGAGAGCUCCAUCUCCAUCGACCAGCUCCACAGGCUGAGCCAGAAGAACAUCUCCGCGUGGAGCAUGAAGAGGCUGAUGAAGAUCGUCCGCUACGGCGCGCUGACCACCAUGGACGAGCAGAUCAAGCACGCCACGGGGCCGGACCAGGAGGACGAGCUGGCCACGCAGAUACACAGCGAGUACGAGGCCAAGGUCGCCGCCAAGAGGAUCUUCCAGAACGUCGCCAAGCCUGGAUCCAAGCACAUAUACCUGUCGGACCUGAUGCGCUUCAUGAGGCAGGAGGAGGCCCUGAAGGCCAUGGACCUCUUCGAGGGGGCGCAGGAGCAGAACAGGGUGAGCAAGAGGUCGCUCAAGAACUGGGUGGUGAACGCGUUCCGGGAGCGCAAGGCGCUCGCCCUCACGCUCAACGACACCAAGACGGCCGUCAACAAGCUCCACCACAUGGCCAACGUCGUCGUGGCGCUCAUCGUGUUCGCGCUCUGGCUCCUCAUCCUCGGCUUCGCCACCACCAAGACCUUCGUCUUCCUCAGUUCGCAGCUCCUCGUCGCCGCCUUCAUCUUCGGCAACACCCUCAAGACCAUCUUCGAGGCCAUCAUCUUCCUCUUCGUCAUGCACCCCUUCGACGUCGGCGAUCGGUGCGAGGUCGACGGGAUGCAGGUGGUCGUAGAGGAGAUGAACAUCAUGACCACCAUCUUCCUACGGUACGACAACCUCAAGGUCUACUACCCCAACAGCAAGCUCGCCACCCUGCCCAUCAUGAACUACUACAGGAGCCCCGACAUGGGAGACGCCGUCGACUUCUCUGUCAACGUCGCCACGCCGCCGGAGAAACUGGCCCUCAUGAAGGAGAGGCUGAUGCACUACCUUGACAACAAGAAAGAGCACUGGUACCCUGGCUCCAUGGUUGUGCUCCGCGACAUCGAUGACACCAACAGGCUGAAAAUAUCCAUCUGGUGCCGGCACACCAUCAACUUCCAGGACAUGGGGAUGAGGUUCGACAGGAGGGAGCUUAUUCUCCAAGAGAUGAUGAAGAUCUUGAGAGAUCUCGACAUCGAGUACCGGAUGCUGCCGCUCGACAUAAAUGUUCGCAAUGCGCCUCCCAUCAAUUCCACUAGGAUGCCCACGACAUGGGCGUUGAAUUUUUGAAAUUCGCUAUGAACACUUCGAUAGUUAGAUUGUGGAGUAAAGUUGCUAUGUAGUAGUUAUUUAGUAGAUUCAACUUUGAGCUACAUGUUUGUUGCACUGUGAUAGUUUGAACUAUAUUUGUAUUUUUAUGAGAUGUUAAACCAGAUUUACACAGAA